AUGGGCAAUCAACCACACAAAUCCUCUGAAGUUGAACUCUCGCAUCAUCCCAAUACAACCACCACCACCAACAAUGACUCAUCACAUCACUCCAACAGCUGUUCAACCAAAGCCACUCUCAUCAAUUGCUUCGCUCUCGGUGAUGAAAUGAUCUAUUAUUUGUGGCGAUUCUAUGAUUGCGAUAAUAAUCACGUUCUUGACAAGAACGAAAUGAGAACCUUUUUGACCGAGCUUAUUCAUACCUUGCACGAUGUUUGUUUACGAAGUGAAUUGAUGACUUUCGGAUGCAAUUCCAAUUCUUCCUCUGAUACAACCAAACGCUUAUCAGGUACUGUCAACACAGAAUCAUUCUCAGCACCUUCCUCUCCGAAACAAGCGUCUCAUGCAGACCCAAAAAAGUUACAUAAUUCAAGUGCCAGUGAGAUCCCAAGAACGGAUCAUGGCGGAUUUUUUACAAGCGAGAGUGUAAGUCUAGACUUUCCCGAAAUUGUCAACUCUCCUACACCUGUUUCUCCUCUCUCUGAAGAGAAGAAGAAAUCUCGAUUUGGAUUUUUGUCACGAAAGAAAAAGUCAUCCGCAAGCACCAGUCGAAUGUCUGUCGACCUCUCAAAGUCCUCAAUUCCUGUUCAAGAAACACAACAACCACCUUCUUUAAAGAGUCAAAAUUCAGCGAUAAGAAUGCAAAUGAGUUCAGAUGUCAAUUCCAUGAAGAGACGCUCGGUGGCAGUUGUCCCAAUGACAGGUUUGACUCCACAACAUCAUUUGGAGCAAAUGCUGACUGGAAAUUCACAGCAAGAUGAAAUUCGAAUCAAGUGGAGAAAAAUUAAGGAGAAAAUGAUGUCUUCUAUUGACGAUAUUAUUCAAAAAACAGAUCUCGAUGGUGAUGGUAAUAUUAAUUAUCAAGAAUUUUUAGAAUUUAUGAAAAACUUUGAUGCAAGUGAAAUGUUGACAGAUAUUGAACCUUCUCAAGUCAAUCAAAUCUUGUCACAACCUUUUAAUCUUUUAGAGGAGGAUUUAUCUAUUGAUAAUUCAACAAUUUCAGAACUUACAAAUGAAUCAAAGAGAAAAUCGCAAUUACUUCAAGUUCUCUCACAAUCUGCAUCUCCAGAUUUAUCCGAGACAGGAAAAGCCAAAAAGAAAGAAUAUUCACAAGGAGACUUAUUUAAUGUGGCUGUUUUUGGUAGUAUAAAAGAAACUCUCGAGUUAUUGGAAAACAAUUCUUUGAAUAUUGACAAGAAAGAGCUAAAUUCAUGCCUUCGACGAGCCAUUGUCGAUAACAAUUGCUCCAAAUCUCGAUUACUCCUUAAAUAUGGAGCAAGUGUUUGCCACUCCUACUCAGAUGCUCCUUGUACAGAAGAAAUUCAUACCAAUUUUGACUUGUUAACAUCUAGUUUGUUAAAAUCACUUCGAUCUUACUCUCCAUGUAUGGAUGGCUCAGAAUUAGAAAACUUUACUAUCAUUUUACGAUUAUUAAUCUCCAAAGGAUGGUUCUCCCCUGACCUAAAAGAUGAAAAUGGAAAGGAUUAUCCUCCUCUUUCAUCCAAUAUCAUUUAUGAAGCCAUUCUUUCGAAUAAUGACAGCAUGAGCAUGUAUGAAGAUGAGUUGCGAGAAGCAUUAUCUGAAACUCGAUCUUUUGAGGAAUUGGAACAAGAAUAUUCCUACAAAUUUGAGGAAUAA